AUGGCGUCGCGGGCGCGCGCGGAAAUGGCGCCGGUCGGUCGUUUUGUAUCUAUGCCGCGAGGCCUCCGGCUUUUGCUUCUUCGUUGUGUUGAGGCGGCUGGAAAAGGGGCGCCGGAGUCCGGGGCUUUGCCGAGGCUAGUAGUGGGGCCGCCCGUGUCUUCUUGUGUGUGCCAUUGGGGGCAGCGAAAGGAAGCCGGCGGCCCGAGCGUCAGCCACCCAGCGGCCAGCCUUGUUCUGCGGGUUUGCGGAUUAUUUCUAUUUUUUGCAUUGUUGCGAAAAGCUGUGGCGUUAAAGCGAAAAAGCAGGGCGGAAUCACGCAGCAGCCGCACAAGAGUGCCGGCGCGGCUCAGCUACUUGCAGCUUUUGCAAUUCAUUGCUCGCGCACAAUGGGACGGCGACGGCCGGCAUCCUCCGGCUGGCAGGCAAGCACUUUGCGCAAAUUCUGACGCCGCCCGCGAGCAAGGUCUGGUCCGCCGCCCCCAGCGAAUCUCUCGGCGGUAG